UUUAUCCGACACUUUACACAUUUUGAUUGUUCAAUAACUUUCAUUGUAAAUUAAAAUAAUUUAACGUUUCAAGUGUGAAAAAAAAAAGAUAAAAAGGUCGAAGUAAAGGUACUUAGUUACUUUAUGAUUUUGUUUAGCACAAUUCCAUAAUGUAGAAUAAUUUAUUACUACAGCACUUUCAGCUUUUAAUUCAUUCAUAAACAAAACAGAACAUUAUUAUUAAAUUAAACAUUAUUUUGGUUUUUAAUAGUGGUAUUUAAAAUUUUCAACUCCUGUAAUUUUUUAAGGAAAAAGUGUAUAUUUAUUUUUUUUUUAUAAAUUUAAUGCACUAAUGUACUGAAUAACUUACUGCCUCUGCCAUAUAGUGUUAUCCUUUCAAACUUUCUCCAACUUCACAAGUAAAUUAACUUCAGCACUUUCAUUGACAUAUUGCUAUUAAAAUGGAAUCCAUCAAGCAAACAUUUAGUGAAAUGCUAUCCACAUUUAACCACCGCAUGGAAAGUUUUGAGAGUCAACUACAGCAGACAUCUCCAACCACUGAUACUGAUGCACUGACUGCUGAUUUUGUCGCCUUUAAACAGUUUAUAUGUACUACUCUGCGUUCUAUGCAAUAUCAACUUGAAUGGGUUGCCAGGGAGGUUGAUAAUAUUGAGAUGCGGGGACGUCGAAAAAUACUUCUGUUGCAUGGUUUUGGUGAGAUGCCAGGUGAGGAAACAACAUCAGUUGUUGCAAAAACUUGUUGUGGCUCAAUGUCUCAAGAAAUCAACUUUCACUGUGGACAACAUAAGCCGCUGUCAUCGGAUGGGUCGAGCAGGCUCUGGCCGACCACGACCAAUUCUCUUUAAGGUCCGCGAUGUUAAUAUCCGUGAUGAGAUCUGGGCGGCUAAAACUGGGUUGAACCACGGGCUCUGGAGUGACCCUGUCCGAAUUUCUUACAAAAGCGCGUCAUUCUGUAUUUAUGGAAGCUCGUCAGCGGCUGGGUGUCUCUAAAUGUUGGACUAGGGAAGGGCAGGUCUUCGUCCUUGGACCUAGUGGCACAAGGCAUCGGGUCGAAUGCAGUGAGGAUCUUGAUGAAAUUGUUUCUAAACAGUCGAAGCCUACACCUGUGGCAGUGGUGACUAAGGAGCCUGUUAUUUCGCGAGCAAGACGUGGAGCAACAUCUAAGAAAUAGUUUAAGUAUUUUGUUGUUUACUUUCUUCUUAGUUCCAGUUUAAAGUCAGUCUUAAUGAAAAAACUAUUUCCUUAUUGCCUUACAAUGAUAAUUGUUGAAGUUUUGUGAUUGUUUUACAAACUUAUAUUGACGUCUGUCAGAUAUCUGACAUGUACGUUGUUUUGCUUUUUUGUCUUCUUUUUGUAUGUAUCUAUAUAUUAUAAAGCUUCUAUCUAUAUAUAUAUAUCUAUCUAUAAUAUAUAAAGCUUAAUUACCACUCACUGACUCACUCACUCACUCCAUGCUUUUUUCAGGUAGAAAGAGGGGGAAAAUGACGUUUUCAUGUAUG